CUCAGUUCCAAGUUUAUGAUCACUGUUGACUGUCUGCAAAAAAGCUCGUUGAGUGUCAACUUUAGUGCAAGAGCAUUGCAAAGUUGUUGUUGCAUACAUCUGCAUUUAUUUGCAAAAAAAUUUGCAUAAUAAGUUGGCGCAUAUUAAUAUACCAACAUAAUGACCCUAAAAUCUUCAGCAAUCCUGCACAUCGCUAUAUUUGCAUUUACAAUUUUCCACAAAUCUGAUGGACAACAGUGCAACUCAGCCUUGAAAGAAUAUACAACCUGUGGCGGAAAUAUAAUUUCGGACUCUGGAAUAAUCCGGUACCGGCAUAAAUCCCUUCUUGUCCCGUACACUGGAUGCGUUUGGUUUAUAAGGAGCAAUCUCAACUCGCAAAUUCAAGUCCAGCUUUUGGAUGAUGGUUUCGUCAACUCGUUUCUCGAAAUUAGUCGUCUAUUUUUAGACGGCGAAGUUAGUGGGCAUGUCAAUUGGACAAUGAGAGCCGGAGAUUACGCCCCUCGCCUCGUCGAAGGUCCUAUGAUUCUCCUAAAACUUAGAACCUUUGUUACACCAACUUCCCCCAAAAAUGGGACCGGUUUCGUCUUAAUGUUUUCCGGUUGUGGGCCAGACAUUCCAAACCCACCCACUUUCACGCACCUCUACCGGGAUCGAGCUCCCAACAGGAGAGAAAGUUUUGCCUAUCCAGAUAAAACAAAUGCAGGUGACUACCUGCCCAACCAAUUUUUUACGUAUCUAGCCCAAAGAUCCGACCGGGCUUGGACGUACAGCGGAGACGUGUCAGAUUGGAAGGUCAACUUAUCAUUUCAGGAUAUCCGACCCAGCUUGUACUGCUUGUUUGGGGACAGGCUUAUCUUUUAUGGCGGAGUUGACAUCAUGUUCCCAGCGAUUGAUGGAAAUAACGAGUUUAUCGAUAGGUUUUGUGAGAGAAAUUCCACCAAAAACUAUAUCAUCCCGUCCCGGUCACCCAAAUAUGGUAACAGUUUUCCCAACCAGGUCAGUCUCAUGAUCGUCUUCACUUCAACGCGUUGGAGUGGAAGAGGGAAGGGGUUCAGGUUGGAAUGGUGAAUGGCCGCAGAGCUGGGAAAUUAAUGAGUUUCGAGAUUAAAAAUUAAGAUUUGAGAUUAAAAAUCCCCGAAUCAGAGAUUAAGAUUAAGAUUAAAAUUAUUCUUCCGCUACUAAAUUAAAUUAUUAAGAUUAAAUUAAUCUAUUUUUAUGACACAGAU